AUGCCGAAAACUAAAAUAAAAGGCAAUGCGAGAGACGCGCCUGUGGCCAAGAAAAAGAAAGUGCAAUUCGUUAAAUCCGAAGACAAUCAGGCGGAGAAGACCGGUGGAAAAGAGAACUUAAAUGGACAAGUAAGGGAGUUUAACAAAUCGCAUUUAAAUCAGAAAGGCGAAAAGAAAUUUUUAAAUAAAGGUGGAAAGAAUGUACAGUUUAACAAGAGCGGUCCAAAAGUAGCUAAAAACCUCAAUAAACCUGGCCAUGGUAAAUCAAAUUUUCCUAAAGACAAACAGUUCUCAAAAGAAGGCGCUAAUGGAGACAAACCAAAGUGGUCAGAGAUGAAGAAGGAAAAAAAACAAUUGAGGAUCGUGAGGCGUAAAGCAAAGGCUAGUGCUGAGGUGUUUGAGAUCUCGCAUAAAGCUAAAUUGCUGGCUGCACAAAUACAAAGGAAAGUGGUGAAACAGGAUUUCAAGUUAAAUGCUUGCAAAGAGCUACAUGGCUUAAUGAAAGGACAGUACAAAUCUAUUGCUCUAACACAUGAUCUGAGCAGAGUUAUACAGGUGUUACUUAAAUACAGUCCUGAAGACGUAAAGAUUGAAAUAACCGAGGAAUUAUUGGACCUUAUUGUCCAAAUGGUGCAAUCAAAAUAUGCUCAACAUGCUGUGAAGCGUAUAUUAAAGUAUGGUACAGAUUUUAUUCGUCAUGAAGUGUUAAAGAAAUUUUACGGACACAUAGUUUCUUUAGCAGCACAUAGUAUCAGUGCUCCCAUUUUGAAUUAUGCCUAUACCGAAUUUGCUACUAAGAAAGAGAAAAUUCAUAUGCACCAGGAAUUUUAUGGUGACAUGUAUAAAAAUACAAAAGAUGAUAAAGUAAAGACACUCGGUGACACAUACAAAGAUAGCCCUGAGAUGAAAGGUGCCAUUAUGCAAUCAUGUAAAGCCAACAUACAAAGAAUUCUAGAUAAAAAUCUGCAUGAUGGAGAACUCCUUCACUCAGUGCUUUAUGACUACUUGCAAGUGUGUAACCCUGCAGAACGUGUAGAACUGAUAUCUACAUUGAGCUCUUUGAUUGUGCCACUGAGUAAUUCACUUCCAGGUGUCAAUGCAGCUAGCAUGUGUGUUUGGCAGGGCACUAAUAAAGACAAAAAGACUAUUCUGAAGGUAGUAAAAGAACAUGCUGUCUCAUUAAGCAAACACAAAACCGGUUACAGGCUUUUGAUUACCAUAUUUGACUCUGUUGAUGACACAGUUUUGGUCAAAAAGGCGAUUGUAUCCACAUUGGCAAACAAUGUGCAAGACAUUGCCAAGGAUCACUGGGGCAAUAUGACAUUACACUGGUUGGUAAAGCCAAAAGACCCAAUGGCGUUUCAUCCAAGUUUUAUAAAAUUCCUCGAAGAAGGCGUCAAAAGUGGAACCUCCAAGAAAGACGCAGACGUAAGAGUAACGGAACUGAGAGAAGCAAUUUUACCUGUGUUGACAAAAGACUUACAGGAAAAUCCAAAGUUCUGGCUUAGUAGUAAGACAACUAUGCUACUGGCUGUAGCUGUUUUAUCUAUUGAAUCUACUAAAGAAAUAUUAGAAGCACUGGCAAAGGUAAUCUGCCAGACAGACUGGAAAAUAUACAUAGAAGGCAAAGAGAUAUUGGCAGUUGAAGAUGCUGGGAUCCAUAUGUGUCUCAAGAAACUAGCUGCCUUGGAUAAAGAGAAAAUGGAUUGUACACUUGGAGAAGUGAUUUCACAACAUUUGGAUGAACAUACUAUUAGAAAAUGGUUGCCAACAAAUAGAGGAUGUUUCUUCUUACUGAAGCUAGUGGAAAGUAAUAAAGAGUCUGUUGCUAGCAAAUUAAUAAAGAAAUUAAGACCUCAUUCAACUAUGUUAAAGCAGCAAUCCACUGAAGGGGCAAAACUGUUGUUAAGAAAUGUACAGAAGUAAUAAACUUUUCCA